GUUUACACAGCCCGGCCUGUGAGUGUGUGUGUAUACAGCGUGAGUCACCGGGAGGCGGAGGAGGUGGAGGAAAAGGAGAAGGAGGAGUGCACUGGCCGGGAUCAGUGCGGCGCACACACUCACUCACACUCAGUCACUCUCUCCGAGCGCGUCUCGCUCUCUCACACACGAGCCCGGAUCCCAGGAGCGCGCAGGAUCCCGGGCGCCACGGAAAAGUUGCUCCGGCUUUUGCUUGAGACUAAUUGCUUUGGGAAGUGCAUUUGCUCCGUGGCUCCGCCGAGCCUGCGGGAUCCUGUCCUCACGGCUAAGAACCUCGGGAACGCAGGCCGCCUCCACCUCUGUCUUCGGGACGGUCGGCAGCCUCGGCAACAAUAGCGGCGGCCGCUCCUAGCGAGGCGCCUCGAACCGGUGCCAUCGGAGGUCCGGAGACCCGAGCCGGCCUUCGACCCCCACAUUCGCGGCCAGCGUGGUCUCCGCGUGCAAAGCGAGCGCGGAGAAGCAGCUCCCGCUUUGCCCCUCUUGGGGGCCGAGCCAAGCCGGAUCUGCAAACUCCAUCCCGCGGGCUGGAAGGAGUCGCAGCGCCGGCGUCAAGCCCGCAGAACCUUCCUGCGCGGAGCAGGGGACGUACGAAGCCGGGGCCGCCCCGGCCGCGGACGCGAUGAGGGUUGGCCCCGUGCGCUCUGCCAUGAGCGGCGCCUCGCAGCCCCGCGGUCCGGCCCUGCUCCUCCCGGCCACUCGGGGCAACCCAGCCAAACGCCUGCUGGACUCCGACGACGCGGCGGCGGUGGCUGCCAAGUGCCCGCGCCUCUCCGAGUGCUCCAGUCCCCCGGACUACCUCAGCCCCCCCGGCUCGCCCUGCAGCCCACAGCCCCCUCCUACCGCUCCAGGGGCCGGCAGCGGCUCCGGGAGCGCACCGGGGCCCAGCCGCAUAGCCGACUACCUGCUGCUGCCCCUAGCCGAGCGCGAGCAUGUGUCCCGGGCGCUAUGCAUCCACACCGGCCGCGAGCUGCGCUGCAAGGUGUUUCCCAUUAAACACUACCAGGACAAAAUCAGGCCUUACAUCCAGCUGCCAUCGCACAGAAACAUCACUGGCAUCGUGGAAGUGAUCCUUGGGGAAACCAAGGCCUACGUGUUCUUCGAGAGAGACUUUGGGGACAUGCACUCCUACGUGCGAAGCCGGAAGAGGCUGCGGGAAGAGGAGGCUGCCCGGCUCUUCAAGCAGAUUGUGUCCGCCGUUGCCCACUGCCACCAGUCUGCUAUUGUGCUGGGGGACCUGAAGCUUAGGAAGUUCGUCUUCUCCACGGGGGAGAGAACCCAGCUCAGACUGGAAAGUCUGGAAGAUACGCACAUCAUCAAGGGCGAAGAUGAUGCUUUGUCAGACAAGCAUGGCUGCCCAGCUUAUGUGAGCCCCGAGAUCCUCAACACCACCGGGACCUACUCCGGAAAGGCGGCGGACGUUUGGAGCCUCGGGGUGAUGCUCUACACACUUUUGGUCGGACGAUACCCCUUCCAUGACUCGGACCCUAGUGCUCUCUUCUCCAAAAUCCGACGCGGACAGUUCUGCAUUCCCGACCACAUUUCCCCCAAAGCCAGGUGCCUCAUUCGCAGCCUCCUGAGACGAGAGCCUUCCGAGAGACUCACUGCUCCUGAAAUCUUACUCCAUCCCUGGUUUGAGUCUGCCCUGGAGCCUGGGUACGUUGACUCAGAAAUAGGAACUUCAGACCAGAUUGUUCCAGAGUACGAGGAGGACAGUGACAUGAGUUCCUUCUUCUGCUAAUCCCAAAAACCUCAGAAACCUCAUAAUUCUCACUCAUGGCAUUUCCAUUUCUAAAGAUGGACGGGCCCUCUGGCAUGGUGCCAGCCAGAAGUCCGGUCGGCACCAAGGUUGUCUCCGCAGAACUCACCGUGGAACCCUCUCUCACAGUUGGGGAGGAGUGACUGUUGAUCUGAGCAGCACGACCCUCUGACUUUAACUGCAAAGUCGUUCCCUUCUUUACCAACUACCCUCAACUCUGUCUUUGUCAGAUCUGGGGGGUUCUGUGUCUUUCAAAGGUGGCAAAGAGGGUAGCGUGGACAUCCCACGCUGUGUGGUCAACUGUCAUGAACUUGAACAUUCACAUGGGAAAGGCAGGAAGUCACCCAGUGGCAUUUUGGGCAAUAACCAUGUUUUAAUGGGGUGGCAGAUCACUUGGGUCAAUAAGCCUGCCAUCUUAGAAAAAAACUCCUUUGUAGCUGGACUUGUCGCUGCAGUUUCUCCCAUCAGAAAGCUCGCUCUUGCUCUUGGUUUGUUGCGACAUCUGUCUUUGCCUCAUGGUCACACUUACCAACGACUCUGCUCUGUUGUCUGAGCAGACUGAGGAGCUCAGGAGCCUGCCUGAACCCUGACCCCACUCUACUCCUACCCUGCCCCCAUCUCACAUGCAAUAAUGCUUUGUCCUUGACCUUGAAACUUGCCCCCUGCAGCUAUGAAAGUACUUGCCAGCUAAUCGUUGAAAAGUGCAGAAAAAAUGCGGAACUCUUGGCUAUUUCAGAACUCUGAGCUCCAAUAGAGACUGCCAUUAAAAAACAAACAAAAAAACCAAUUUGAUCACUUGGAAACCUUUGGCAUUUUCAGUUUCCUUCUAGUGUGCUGGGGCUUAGCCUUUAAUUUUCCCCCACAAGAUCAUCUCAGGGUGGAACAUUUUGUCCAGGAAGAGAAAGGAGACUCCCCACCCCGCUCUCCCAGGAGCAAAGGGUAAACCUCUUUGUGCUUUAAAGAAAGUGAAUUUUGGACAGCAUUAGGAUUCCCAGACUAAGUUCCAGAAUGAUACUGUGCCCCGCCCUGUGUGGGCAUCCUGGGUGCACUUGGGGUUUUGCAUGGUGGGUUGUUGGUACUCUCUGACUACACAUCUGUGUAGCCGGCUGCUGGGGUGAAUAGUGAGCCCCAGGUAUUUCAAGUUGGAAGGACUUUGACAAUCAUCCGAUCCAACUUCUCGCUGCCACCUCCCACUGCAGAAAUCCUCACCUUCAGCUUCUUUCCCAGGUGAGAAUCCAACCUCUGUUUGAAUGCUUCCAGAGACAGAAACUCACUCCCUACAAAAGGUAGAGCUUCACGGAGAGACUUCAACUUGCAUUAAAAAACAAGGACAGAUGAAGAGUCAGUCGCUGUCUCAGACGGUGCCGAAAUCAGGUGGAUAAACGGGUAAACAAAUAUACUGUAUUUGAAGAAAUGGCACAAACCAGGCAGGCAUCUUCAAGGGCUACGCCUACGCGAACUACUAACCUGCAUUGUAAGAAUGCUGUGUAUACCUCAUGUACUGUGUACUCUGUACAUAUAUUUUACCUUUUAUACCUAUGUCCGAUUUUUGUCUUCGAUUGAGGCUUGUCGUGUUGUGUGUGUCUGUCUGAAUAACCUGCGUGUCUAGAACCACGUGAAAUGUGAAUGGUUGUCGGCGAGGUGGCCUUGACAGAGCUGUGGGGCUCCGAGAGGAGGGAGGACGGCAUCUGUCACACUCGUGUGCAGGUGGUUGUGCGACUGUUGUAUCUUGUGAUACGUUACCCGGCUGGCAGGGACUUAGCUGGGACAGCUAGAAACACUAGAUCCUUCCUGUAUAUGUGUAGAUAUGUGAACGGUGAAACGGCCGUGGCUGACUUGUAGAGAAAUUUUAAUAAAUCUGGUUUCGUAAAAAA